AUGAAAUUGAAAUCUCCAAAAUAAGAUGUUGUUCAAACAUAUGCUUCUCCUAAAUCAACAUUCUAUAUCACUAGAAGAUUAAUUUAGACUACUAGUGAGAGAUCAAUCAAAUUACUCAAUCAUAAAAAGACAGAAAUUAAAAAAAAUCAAAACUAAUAAGCUUACUCUGAAUCAAGAGCUUAAACAACAACAGAUUAUAGAAGUCUAUCUACUAUUCGUACUCAUAUAAGAGGAUAAUUAUCUCAAAAUAUUGAUUAACAAUCAUAUUAAAUUAAUACGGAAAGACAGUAAUCUUCUAGUAUGCUUUCAUAAGAACUUCUUACUUAUCGAUUACCUUAAACAAAUAGAGUUUUAUCACUUUAUUAGGUUUCAAUUUAAAAUUAGUAACCCUCUAAUAUUGAAUUAAGAAAUGAUGUUUAAGUAUUGAGUCCUCUUAUUUACAAAUAAAAGUCUAGAAUCAAUUCUAUUAUUAAUGAAUUAAUAAAGUUGAAUAAUAUUGAAGAUGAAAUAAUAGAUAACACACCUAUUUAUUACAAAAAAGAUCAUAAUAUCAGAAAAUCUAUUUUUAUUAAUACAAAUUAUCUAACUUAUUAGGAAAUGUCAAAAGUAAAAUUAAGAAAUAAAUAAUAAAGUAAUUAAAAAUCAUAAAUAUUUCUCUAAAAAGUAUUAAAGAAUAUAAAAGAUUCUCAAAAUGAAAAAUCAGAAUCAAAAUAGAUUAUAAGAAAAUAUUCUUAAAUAUGGAAAGAAAAUUUCUCAUCAAAAUAAUUUUAAGAUCAAUAACAAUAUCAAAAAUCAUCUUAAUAAUUUAAGCUCUAUUUUAAUUAACUUAUUGAAAAACUAUUAAAUAAACAUUUGAUAUAUUAAUUUAUAAUCGAAGCCUUUGUGUAGAUGAAAGAAUAAAUUAAAAAAUCCUAGUAAAAUGAUGAAUCCCCUGAUGAUUUUAGAAAAAUGUAUAUUAAGAAUCAUAAAUUAAAGGGUGUUUAAAUUGAAAUAUAUGAUUAGAAAUUUAGAUAUAAAUAGGAUAUAAUAUCAUUAGGAAUGUAUAUAUUCAUUUAUAUUUUAGAUUAGGAUAGAUAUUUUAAGUGAAAUUUAAGAAGAAGAUAUGAAUUAUCAUAUAUAAUAAGAAUAAGAUGAAUUUUAAGGAAAAUAAAUAGUGUAUUUUACAACUUAAAUAUUGAAGUAUUCAACUAUUUAUCAAAUUGAUCAUAUUAUAUCGAUUAUGGAUAACAAAACAAAAAAUAUUCUUUUAUCUGUUGAUUACACUGAUUUGGAUUAAUUAAUUUAUAAAAAUAACAUUGAAGAGUCUAUUCCCUAAAUUUAAUCAGACAAUUCUCAAGUAAAAAGAACUAUAUCUAGACUGUAUUAUGAAUAAUAUUCAGAUAUUUUGAUAGGAAAUUUUUUUAAUUUAGAUUAAUUAAUUGAUAUUGAAGAUAACAAUUAUUUUGAAUAAUAAUAAUAAUUAAUUCCAUUAAAUUUGGACAAGAAAGCUAUGUUAUUAAAUUUAAGAAGAAAAACAAAAGAAGCAAAAAUUUAAGGAAGAAGAUCUAUUUUAUUUGAGAAUAAAUAACCUUAAUAAUAUUAUAAUAUCUUUCUUUUUUCAAAUUAAAAUGAAAAUAAUUUAGUUUUAUAAGUUCCUGAUAAAAUAAUAUCAAGAAGAAUGAGUAAAUCAAUGCAUAAUUUAAAAUAAGAUUAGAUUUUAGAAACAGAUUAUGAUAAUAAUCAAAGUUUAUAAGAUGAUAAUAGAACAAAAGAUAUUAAUUUAAAAGUAAAUUGUAAGAUUAAUUUAGCCUGUUAAAUAUAAAUAAUAAAUGAGAUUAUAGAAUUUAAUGUUAUUUGAUCAUAUCAUUAAAAGAGAAAAUUCUUCAACAUAAUUGGUUUAAAUUAUGAUUGAACAUAAUUUAUUUGAUGAAUUAAAAGAAUUUAUAAGACAACAUCCAAAUUUUUCUUUAAACUAAAGAAAUAUAGAAGGAAAACCAUUUAUCAUGUUGGCAGCAUAAUCUGGAAAUGCAGAAUUAGUAUAGUAUAUGAUAAAUUAAAAUGUCCAAAUCAAUACUAAGGAUGUAAGUAUAUGCUUAAAUAUUAGUUAGAUGGUAAUACGGCUCUUCAUUAUGCAGUUGCUUUUGGAUUUUAUAGAAUAGCUGAUAUACUUUUAUAAAAUGGUGCAAAUCCAUACAUUAAAAAUAGAUGUAAUUAAAAUCCAUGGAAUUGGAAUUAAUAACUACCAAAAAAUAAUUGA